AUGGACGCAUAUCCGCCUGACUAUAUUGCGCACAACCUCCCCCUAGUAGUGCUCUCUGGCCUAGGGGAUGAGUCGCGGCUAGAGGGCAAUCCCUCUGCGCACCGUCUCCUUCAAGUGAACGGAACGCCGAUAGAUUCAGAAAUACCCACAGUCACUGGGGAGCGCGCCGAGCAGUUGCUACAGGAGUUCCUCAAAACCGACGCAAGCGACGCACCAUGGAACAGCAGACCAGUCAAGAGCAGGGGCAAUCUUACAGGCUUCAGAGUGAGGGCUGUUGGGAGGGAAUACACCUUACCAGCACGAAAGGCUAAUCCACCGUCUAUUUCGCCGGAUCUGUCCUCCCCAAUGACUACUUCUUCAGGUGGCGGAGCACCAGCAUGGAUCCUGCACUCUCCCAUCUCUCCGCUAUCACCAGACUCGCCUAUCUUCCCAGAUGGCGUUAUGACGCCCCUGUGGGUUGCGAAGCACCAACACCACAUUCCCGCGACGCUCAUAUCGUUCUUCGACUUCGCUUCUGAUCCCAGCCGGAACAGUCUCCACGACAACCAGCUAAAGAGCGAAGUUAACCGCAUCAAGGGAAUCCUUACUAAUUCUGGCUACAAGACACGCUAUGCAGUUGUCCUCCUCAGCGAUAAGACCAUUCUUCAGGCGCCCGACAUUGAAGAGCGCCUCGGUAAUAUCAGACGGGCUACCGGUUUAGACCCGAAGAACUCCUUGUUUUUUCUACCUCCAGAUACGUCACGUGUGGAGGUUGCUUCGUUCGUGCACAGCGUUUUAACAGCAUUGCAGCCUCUCUGUGUAGAGUAUUACCGGGAUCUCACCAAGCAUGCAAGACGAAAGAAAGGCCGUGGUCAGAUACCACCACCGACGGCUCCGCCAACACGGGGUACAUCACAAACGCUCUCAAGCCAAGGAUGGGGCGCACGGUACGAGUACAAGCUUGGCGUAUUCGCAGAGUUCCGCCAGGAAAUGGACGCUGCGGGCAGGCACUACAGCUUUGCACUCGAUGCGCUGUUGGGCCCAGAUGGCGUCUUCGAAACGACGGCCAGUUGGUCGCCAAGGUGGGACGAGGCGCGCCUGCUGGCAGAUACCACCGCGAUGCGCAUUUUACGCUGUCUUUUAUGGAACAAUCUGCCUACAUCUGCUAUCCAGUCGUGGGUGAAUUACCGGGACAGAAUGCGGGACCUCAUAGACCGCCGUGGUAAAGGAUCUGGGAACUAUGGUUGGCAAGCCUGGGAGUCGCGCUGGGCCAGAGUCAUGGCGGAGACCAUCCAGAAGGUCGAGCUGCCUCCAUUCGCUAUAUCAGAGCCGAUUAGGGAUCCUGAUGUCGUGCCGGGUGGAGAAAAUGUGCUCUUCAUGCCAGCGGAGAAGUCCAUCCCCGUCGGAGAGCGACUACCUCCGUGGCACCUAUUGCACCACGCGGGAUAUUGGCUGAGCCUGUCCGCUAGGCACGCUAUUGCUAGGCGCGACAUAGCAGAAGAGAUCCCAGAGGAAGACCGCACAUCACCAGGCCAGUCGCCAGCUCAUCAAGUCGUCAACAGAUAUGGCACGUACGACACCUACCUUGUUCCAGAGCCUCAUGAGGAAAUCCCACUUCCUAACAGCAGUAAGAAAGGCUUCGACCAUACUAGCCAGAUAGUCGAUACGCUCAACGAGGCCAUCAACGAGUUCUAUGCAAGAGGACAGCAACGCGCUGUCGACAGGCUCCAGCUAGACACCGGCAAGGCGUUUAUGCAUGCUGGCAGAUACAGCAAUGCAUUGAACGUGCUGACACCGCUCUGGGAAGGCAUGAGUUGGCGUGCCGAGCGAUGGUGGAGUCUUGCUUCUCAAGUUACUUGGGCAUUACACGAAUGUGCAGUGCGGUUACAAGAAGCGAAGACCAUCGUCGCAACCGAGUGGGAGUUGCAUAGUGAACUCAUAAACACUUCUUCCAGCCACCAGUACAACCUGAUGUCAUGCCUCAGUUCCGUGGCUGGCCAGCCAAAGGACAAAGUCGAGGUUUCGCUCACAUCCAAAAGCACCCUGUCGCCUCUCUCCACCUCUUUCACGUUCGCACACGAUGAGGGUCAUGUAGGAGAGCCGUUGCGUGCACAGCUCGUAUUCCAAUCCAGAGCUCAGCGAAGCUCAGCACCCGUAGUUCUGUCGGCGGUAAAGGUGGGGCUUACAGGAUCGCUUGAAGAAAUCCGAAUCAGUCACAAGCCGAGCCCUUCUGGACCGCCUUCGAGUCCUGGGAAGAGAUUUUCUAUGGUCGAAGUUGACCUACAGGAAAACAUAGACUCAGCGAUAUCGAAGAUACCUUCACGGCUUGCUGGCAAUGCCGAUUUGACUUUUUACCCCGGGCAGACCAAGGUCUUUGUUUUCGCAAUCAACUUUAAAGAAGCCGGCGAUGUUGGUGCAGUUGACAGCACGUUCAUCGUUGAGGCGGAACGCUUCGUGCUUACAUACACAUCCGCUGUGGAAGGACCAGAGACCAUGCCAGUCUGGUGGUACACCGCUCGUAAUCUCCUGAAGACGAAGCGUCUGAGGGCAGCGGCUGCCGCAUCGACAAAGAUACUGCCCAAGCCUCCGAAGAUGCAGAUAUUCCUGCCAAACCUGCAGAAAGCAUAUUAUACUGACGAACUGGUCACGCUCGACAUUGAGAUAUUCAAUGGAGAAGAGGAAGAGACCGAGGCUGUGCUUGAAGUACGUUUCUUUGGUCGCGUAGAGUCCACGCUGGCCUUCUCUUGGAAGAUAAUGGAAGAGGCCGAACAGGGCAACGGAUCAGCGGAGCAGGCGGAUAAUGCCAACUCAGAGAUCGACCUGCCCGGCCAUCAGGUUGGAAAAAUCUCUUCUGCAGCGAGAUGCACGCAAUCCAUCACCUUCAGAACACCGCCCGAUCCCGCAGAAUACACCCUCGAGAUCAAAGUCCUCUACCACCUCAUCACCGAUCUCGAAACCCCUAUAUCCAAGACCCUGACCACCGAUUUCUUCUUCGCGGAUCCCUGGGAAGCAGCAUACGACUUCUCCCCACGCGUCCACCCAGAUCUAUGGCCUAGCUUCUUCCACGUAGACGAGAAGCAAUCUCUCGAGGCUCCUGCAGAAGCAUCUAUUGAUACCGCCGUCGGCAUCGCGCAAAUCUGGCUCGCGACCGCCCGCCUCGAGAACUUCGCUGAAGAGGACCUGGUAGUCGAGGACCUGUCCCUUGUCCUGCAGGCCGUGAACGGCGGUGCCAUCUGCGCCAUCUCCAAGGAAUCCCCUGCAAACACCGACACUGUGAUUCCGCAGCAAGAGCUGCGAGAAUACAACUUCAGCCUCGAGGUCCGGAAGCUAACACUUGAAGACCGACGCCCCGUGUCCCUAGACCUACAUCUAGACAUCAAAUGGCGCAGGAAGACCGGCGGCGCGUCCAUCACAAGUAGCAAACCAUGUCCCCGCUUCGUCGUGCCCAGCAGCGAACCCCGCGUCCUAUGCACCGCGACCCAGUCCCCUCCCACAGCAACAGCAACCUCACAAACGCCACCGCUCAUCACCCUCAGCUACACUCUCGAGAACCCGACCAUGCAUUUCCUAGCCUUCGAACUGACGAUGGAAGCGAGCGAAGAGUUUGCGUUUAGUGGGCCCAAGGCGGGCGCGGUACAGUUGCUGCCGAUGAGCAGGCAGGAUGUGAAGUUCAGGAUUCUGCCGUUGGUUAGGGGCGCGUGGAUUAGUCCGCAGCUAAGGGUCGUGGAUCGGUAUUUUGGGAAGGUGCUGAAGGUGCUGCCGACGGAGGGGUUGAGGGCGGAUAAGGGAGCGGUGGGGGUUUGGGUUGAUGCUCAGGAGGAUGGGGGUUAG